UGUGUGUGUGUAUCUCUGUUGGUGAAUGUUAGUACAGGGAAGCCGCGGCCGCCAUUUCAGAGAGCUUGCCGACGCUGUCGCCGGGGUGGAUCCUCCGCUGCCGAAGCCGCUUUCCUGAACUCCCGCGCGGGCUCCUCUAAUCCCAUUGUUUCUUUUAGAUUCUCUUGGGCCUAUCCGCCCUCGGAGCCCGAAAUUUGGGCUGGGUGGUACUGCGGCCUGGGCCUAGCGGCUUAACAGUAGCAACAGCGGCGGCAGUAGCAACCCCCCUCUUUCCGAAUACGAGCACCGCUGGGGCCCCGAAAGCCCGCACAGGCGUUCAGAGAAAAUGGCAGACGAUAUUGAUAUUGAAGCAAUGCUUGAGGCUCCUUACAAGAAGACUUGCCUAACGAUAUCUCACCUCUACUCCCAUGAAUUCACCUUUGAUUCCAGUGUGAACUGUCAAUCAUAAGGUAGUAAUUGAGUGACUUAUCGCUGUACCGUGGUCCCCUAGGUAAAAUGACUCAACUAAGAAUUACCAGCUCCAGUUUGGUAUAGCAAAAAGGUGAAUGUAGUGGUUUGGGAAAGCAGCAGGGGUCCAAGAAUAACACAGCAUAACCAGUCUGUGGCAAGCAAAUCUUUAAAUAAGACAAGUCUUACAAGAAGAAAUGGGUGAGAUUUAAAAAUUUAUCCUAUACAUGAGACUGGUAAUAGUCAAUAUUAAAACAGGCAGGUGAUGAUCUGCUCAGUUAAAAAUUACCAAAAUUCUUGGAUCCCUGAAUAAAACAAAUUCUUAAAGCAAAAGAGGCAAUAUCACAACUUGAGUCACUUGAUGACUGUUUUAACUGUUCUCCAUAUUGUUUUAUUUUUAAUUAGUCCCUGUCAUAUUUCACACACAAAACUACAAAGGAGUUAUUUUGACUAAUAAUACAGUCUUUGACCCAUUUCAGUAUCACAGUAAAAGUGUCUUUUCAUUCUUUCACCAGUUGGUGGUGAAAAUAGCAGUAUGCAUGCGUUAUCACUGAUGUCACAAACUGUAAGCUUUGUAAAUUAGCACUUAUACACCUAUAACUGAUGUGAUCAAACUUUAAAAUAAACAUUGCGCUAAACCUUUUAAAAAUAAUACAUUUGUUUUUGGAGUGUAUAGCUCGACCAUGUGGUACCAAUUUGGAUGAAUUCUUUAAAGCUUUGAAUAGUGUAUGUAGUUUUGUAAUGCUUAGACUCUUGAAGCGCUACUUUCUAUUUUAAUGUUAAGAUUCUGUCUUAGUUUAACAUGGAUGUAAUUCCAUGUAAACAGGUAUGGAAGUAGGACUGGUCGAUUAUUAAUUGACUUUCUUGGGUUCUUGGGAGUCAACAUUACUAAAGCAGUGUGAAUCCCUGUUUGCUUCAGGGCGAGAUGUGUGACAGAGGUGGCAUCAAGCUCUUACAGUCCCAACCCUCCAACGGAAAUGGGCGAAGAUCUCAGGAAUGGCAUCGGUCACAGGAAAUCGAUAGUGGCUGGCUGCUAGCAUGGCCACAUGGGGCUUAGGCAGAAAUAGAGCCAUGGUACUGACCAAAGGGGCCAUAGCACAUGGAAUAAAACUCAACAGGACUUCAUUCAUGUUUUAUAGAAAUUCUAUUUAACCACUUCAACACUGUAAAUCUGGAUAACUUACUAUCUAACUAUGUAAGAAAAUAAAAUUUGACGUGUUAAUAUGCAUUUUUAUUUUUGUAUCUUGAUGACUUAAUUUGUAAGCAACAAAGUGGUUAAACACAUAUCCAUCUAAAUUUUUUUAUAGCCUUCCAUGUUAAACUGUAAAUAAGUAAUUAGUUUUAAAAUUGUUUUGUAUUUUCUUAUUCCUAUUCCCUUUACCCUUUGACAACUUGAAAUGUUACCACUUCGUCCUCAUGAUGUUCUUCUAUCAACCCUGCUUAGGAUGAGAACAAGUUGAGCAGUGCCAACGGCCAUGAAGAACGUAGCAAAAAACAAAGUUUCUGCCUCCUUGGAAAGCUCUACAUCUCCUUGUGAUUGGAGUGUGGGUUUCAAGAUUCCAGAAGGUGGGAAAAAAAGCAAGAGCAGAAGUCGUAGUCAUGAACGAAAAAGAAGCAAAAGUAAGGAACGGAAGCGAAGUAGAGAUAGAGAAAGGAAAAAGAGCAAAAGCCGUGAAAGGAAGCGAAGUAGAAGCAAAGAAAGGAGACGGAGCCGUUCAAGAAGUCGAGAUCGCAGAUUCAGAGGCCGUUACAGAAGUCCUUACUCCGGACCAAAAUUUAACAGUGCCAUCCGAGGAAAGAUUGGGUUGCCUCAUAGCAUCAAAUUAAGCAGACGACGCUCCCGAAGCAAAAGUCCAUUCAGAAAAGACAAGAGCCCAGUGAGGGAGCCUAUUGAUAAUCUGACUCCUGAGGAAAGAGAUGCAAGGACCGUUUUCUGUAUGCAGCUGGCAGCAAGAAUUCGGCCAAGGGAUUUGGAAGAGUUUUUCUCCACAGUAGGAAAGGUUCGAGAUGUGAGGAUGAUUUCUGAUAGAAAUUCAAGACGUUCCAAAGGAAUUGCUUAUGUGGAAUUUGUCGAUGUUAGCUCAGUGCCUCUAGCAAUAGGAUUAACUGGCCAGCGGGUUUUAGGAGUGCCAAUCAUAGUACAGGCGUCACAGGCAGAAAAAAACAGAGCUGCAGCGAUGGCAAACAAUCUACAAAAGGGAAGUGCUGGACCUAUGAGGCUCUAUGUGGGCUCGUUACACUUUAACAUAACUGAAGAUAUGCUUCGGGGGAUCUUUGAGCCUUUUGGAAGGAUUGAAAGUAUCCAGCUCAUGAUGGACAGUGAAACAGGUCGAUCCAAGGGUUAUGGAUUUAUUACGUUUUCUGAUUCAGAAUGUGCCAAGAAAGCUUUGGAACAACUUAAUGGAUUUGAGCUAGCAGGAAGGCCGAUGAAAGUUGGUCAUGUUACUGAACGUACUGAUGCUUCCAGUGCUAGCUCAUUUUUGGACAGUGAUGAACUGGAAAGGACUGGAAUUGACUUGGGAACAACUGGUCGUCUCCAGUUAAUGGCUAGACUCGCAGAGGGUACAGGCUUGCAGAUCCCACCAGCAGCACAGCAGGCUUUGCAAAUGAGUGGCUCUCUGGCAUUUGGUGCUGUGGCAGAAUUCUCUUUUGUUAUAGAUUUGCAAACAAGACUUUCCCAACAGACUGAAGCUUCAGCAUUAGCUGCAGCUGCCUCUGUUCAACCUCUUGCAACACAGUGUUUCCAACUCUCUAACAUGUUUAACCCUCAAACAGAAGAAGAAGUUGGAUGGGAUACAGAGAUUAAAGAUGAUGUGAUUGAAGAAUGUAAUAAACAUGGAGGAGUUAUUCAUAUUUAUGUUGACAAAAAUUCAGCUCAGGGCAAUGUGUAUGUGAAGUGCCCAUCAAUUGCUGCAGCCAUUGCUGCUGUCAAUGCAUUGCAUGGCAGGUGGUUUGCUGGUAAAAUGAUAACAGCAGCGUAUGUACCUCUUCCAACUUACCACAACCUCUUUCCUGAUUCCAUGACAGCAACACAACUACUGGUUCCAAGUAGACGAUGAAGGAAAAUAUAGUCCCUUAUGUACAUAGCUUUUUUUCUUUCUUGAGAAUUCAUCUUGAGUUAUCUUUUAUUUAGAUAAAAAUAAAGAGGCAAGGGUCUGCUGUCAUUUGUAUACAGUUCCUGUUACCUUGAAAAAAUAAAAAUGUUAACAGGAAUGCAGUGUGCUCAUUCUCCCUAACUAGCAAAUCCCACUGUAUACAAAGCUGUUCUCUUGUUCUGCCUUUUAAAUGUACAUGUAGAAAAUUACAUUAAGGAUCUAUAGGAAUAGCUCUAGGGGAACAAAUGUGCUUAACAUAAAAAGGCAGACAGGGAUGUAAUGAUGUUUUUAAUGUUUCAGAAGCCUAACUUUUUACACAGCAGUUACAUUUCACUAAUGUUGAUAUUUGGUUAAUGGUUUAGCAGAGGUUUCUGGAAUACAUAGUUUAUGGAAAUUCAAGACAGCUAAAAGGGCUGUUUGAUUAACAUCUCAUCUUGCAUUCUGAUCAACUGGCAAGAAAAGGAGAUUUCAAAAUUACAUUUCUGGAUGGUAUCUUUUCAAUUAAUGUAUCUGUAAAAGUUUCUUUGUAAAUAUUAUGUGUUCGGGUGUGUCUAAGAUUCCAAACAAAAUGAUCCCUGCAUUUCCUCAAGAUGUUUAGUGACAGUCUGGUAAGCAAAGCAGUCUGAGCAAGAAAUAGGAAAUGCAGAAAUAGGUUUUGUCUGGUUGCAUAUAAUCUUUGCUCUUUUUAAGCUCUGUGAGCUCUGAAAUAUAUUUUUGGGUUACUUCAGUGUGUUUGACAAGACAGCUUGAUAUUUCUAUCAAACAAAUGACUUUCAUAUUGCAACAAUCUUUGUAAGAACCACUCAAAUAAAAUUCUCUUAAAAAGGCCACAAGAAAUCUUCAUUUUUGAAAUGUUUUAAAGUCACAGAAACUUGGAAAUAGAAUAUUAGUUUCUUUGACUUUUUAGUUGCCUCUUUGGGAAAAUUCUUAAUGAAACUGUUGCCCUCAAGUUGUCCCUCUACAUUCCUCUGUAUCAGUCUUAGUACCGUACUACUUAUUUAGGGUAUUAUAUCAAAACUGAGGAACUUACCAAAAGAAAACCAAACUGAUUUGACCAGGCCUCAAACCUGGGCAUCCUUAAGUCUCUCCUACGUUUUCUGGACGUAUUUGUGGGGGGAAAAAUGCCUUGUUAUUUAAAAGCAAAUACUGGAGAAAAUGGUGUAAGUUCAAACUGGUUUCCCAAAUUGAUUUAACUGCAUUUUUGAGCUUUAACUUUACUUGGGGAGCAACCCUUCAUGAUUUGUACUCUGAACUCUGCUUCAAGUUUUUGUGUCUAGGUUGAAUCUUUUGAGUAGGGGAUGUUGCUGCUAAUUGCUCCUUCCAAUACUGAUUUCCUCACCUGCCUGAAUUUCUGUUACUACUGUAUUGAUUUGUUAGGGCUGAAUCAUAAGUAUUACAGGUUUAUUCAGAUAUCAAGAUAACUCAGUUUGAAUUUAGAGGCAUCACAGUUUUCUACCAACCCUUUUGAGGGAUGUUUGUAAUUCCCUUACUUGCUUCAGUUAUUUAACCUGAAGAAAAAUUUCAAGAUUCAACUUUAUUUUUGAACACCAAGCAGCAGUGUUAUUGGGUGGCAGAGACAUACAUAAUGCCAACUUUUUUCUUUCCAGAUUA